UGAACUUCCACCCCACAACACAUGCGAAGGCCGCGCGGUGCGUGGUGAUUCUUCGGCCACACCUGCCGAAGUGACAUCUCUGCCCGGACCCUCUGCACCUCCACAUGCCAGCGCACUAUUAAUAUCCAGCGUUGUUCUGUAUAUAAACAUGGGUGUUGCGGGCUGGGGAGGUAUCGAGCACUGCGUUUGCGUAGCUUGCAAGCUUCAGUAGAAUGGCGCUCCUCGCUUUAAUCGUCGCAGCGCUAGGCGGUGUACACGCGGUGUCGGCCGGACUCAUUCGUCCGCUGUUGAUUCCACGGGGACUGGAGCCUUCCAUCUCGUCUGGGUGUGGGACUCGCGGUGCGCUGUCGUGCAGCUCUUCGGCCAAGGGGUCCUGUUGCUACGAGGCUCCCGGUGGAUUGAUUCUUCAGACGCAGUUCUGGGAUACUAACCCGCCGACGGGUCCGACUGACAGCUGGACCAUCCACGGACUCUGGCCGGACCACUGCGACGGCUCGUACUCAAGUAACUGCGAUUCGUCCCGCGAUUACACGAACAUCGGCAGCCUCCUCAGUGCCCAAGGCGGUAGCUCAACACUCAGUUACAUGAACAAGUAUUGGAAAAACGACCCGAACGACGGCUCCGACUCCGAGCUCUGGGCGCACGAAUGGGCCACUCACGGCACAUGCUACAGCACGCUCGAGCCGUCGUGUCUCCCGUCGGGCAGCCCGCGCGGCGCCGAGGCCGUCGCGUUCUUCGAGACCACCGUGGGCUUGUUCAAGUCUCUGCCGACGUACACGUGGCUCAAAGACGCUGGAAUCACCCCCGGAAGUGGGACACACACGCUGGCUAGCCUGAAUGCGGCGAUCAAAGCUGGAGCCGGGGUCACGCCGGCCUUCGACUGCUCAGGAAGCGACCUCGGCGGUGUUUCGUACUACUACCAUCUCCGUGGAAGCAUGAUCGACGGAGAUUUUGAACUCAUCGACUCGCCGGAGAGCUCCAGCUGCCCUAAGAGCGGGAUCAGAUAUCUCAGCAAAUGAUUUCGUCGAACUGACGGUUGGAUCGAGAGAUACUUUGAUGUGUUCACUUCGAAUGAAUGAAUAAGACGUCAGAUUGAAACGACUCCGAGAACAGUCGAAAUAUUGAACAAUACCAUCUCCUUUGCUUCUAAGUCCGG